AUGAAGAAAACUUCGGAAAGUGAUCGGAAGAUUGGUGAUACAAUGGAGAAGACGAAAGUAGUGAUAGUGGGAGGUACGGGCUACUUGGGUCAGCAUCUGCUUCAAGCUUUAGCUAGCAACAAUGGCGGAGACCGAUACGACGUCGCUUUCACUCACCACUCUUCUCCCGUUCCCCGCCUCUUGCUCGACGCAUUUCCUCAUUUCCCGGCGUUUCCUGUCGAUCUCAAAUCCGGUCUAGGUUUCCAUUCCAUUUCUCAGCACUUUGGUCAGCCUGAUGUAGUCGUGAACUGUGCUGCUCUGUCCGUUCCUCGAACUUGCGAGCAAGAUCCAGUUUCCGCCAUGUCGAUCAACGUGCCUCAUUCUCUUGUAAACUGGUUAUCAACUCUUGCGAGUAACAAAACCUUGUUGAUUCAUCUCUCUACUGAUCAAGUGUAUGAAGGUGUCAAGUCUUUCUACAAGGAAGAAGACGAGACUGUUGCGGUCAAUGUUUACGGGAAAUCAAAAGUUGCAGCAGAGCUUAUCAUCAAAGAUAAACAUCAAAACUUUGCGAUAUUAAGAAGUAGUAUCAUCUUUGGUCCUCAAACUGUUUCACCACUCCCCAAGAAUCUCCCAAUUCAGUGGAUGGAUAGCGUCUUACAGAAGGGAGACGCGGUAGAGUUCUUCCAUGAUGAGUAUCGUUGUCCCAUUUACGUUAAGGAUCUCUUGGCUGUCAUUAUGAAGUUGAUAAAUACAUGGGUCGCUUCAGAUGAUAAACAGAUGCGACUAGUUUUGAAUGCUGGAGGACCGGACAGACUAUCUCGUGUUCAGAUGGCUGAAGCGGUUGCAGAAGUCGGAGGACAUGACCUGUCAUUGAUCAAACAUGUGUCUGCAUCCUCGGUUGAUCGAGGAGUGGUGUCACCAGCAGAUAUAUCUAUGGACAUAACUAAACUGAUUCAGACUCUUGAGAUCUCUCCAACUUCUUUCAAAGAUGGUGUUAGAUUAACACUUCAGUCUCAAUCUCAGUCUCAUUCUCUCCCAUGA